GGAAAAGGUCAGUAGAGCUAAACGUAGCUGUCGUGUCUUCAGUCGCAUUGGAUCAUGUAUGUUGCUUAUACACGCAGAGUGCUUCCUGUUGGACGAGACGAUCUUUGGUAAUGUUAUUGUAUGACAGCCGGUGGGCGUGGCUUAGAGCUUGUGCAACAUGCUCGUGCAACGUCAUCGCAGUGACCGAAGUGCUGUCAUUCCACCGUCUGGACUUUUCCUAACAAGGAGAGAAGAAGAAGAAGAAGAAGAAGAAGAAGAAGAAGAAGAAGAGAGAGACAGUUAGACUGAGCAGCUUCAGUUCAUAUCAUCAACACUCAGAGACCCAGUCCCUGUUUUGUAAUAUAUGUGCUCAGGUGGGCUCAGUUUUCCCAGUUCAUGAUUUGGUUUCAUCACAAGCAGCCAGACACCUCCUCCUCCUCUUCCUCCUCUUCCUCGUCUUCCUCCUCUUCCAUCUCCUCCUCUGUCUGAGGUAAGACAGUUGCACUAGUGAGACCACUCCUUCAGAUUGGAGGCCUCCCCCUUUCCCUUUUUUCCAGCUUGUCAAGGACAGCUGGCUGCAGAGCAGACUGAAUGAAGAGGAGCCUCCGGGGCAUUUAGCAUCACAUCGUCUCUGGUCUCUCACUGGUCAUAGAUUAGUGUGGAGUCAGUCAUGUUUCGCAAGACCUUCAUGAUCUGUUACAUCAAGGUGGACUGGGAUGUGUUCAGGUCUCGGGUGUCACAAAUGGACGCAGUGAUCCGCCGGUGCCCUUUCCUGACCACCGUGCCCAGUGUCUUCCUGCAGCUGGCUGGGAAGUCAUCGCUGGUGAACUAUGCCCAAAAGUGUCCCGUGAUGAUGGACCUGGCGUCCAGAGCUCUGUCCUCUUCGGCCUCUGCGUCCAAACCCACUUCAACAGAUGACGAUCAGAAGCAUGAAGUGUUGCUCCCAGGACAGACCACGCCACCUGCUGGCCAGGCUGUGGGCUCCAAAUGCCCUUUCCUGGCCGCAGAGAUGGAGCAGAAAAGCAACAGGGUCGUCAGGGAGGCGAGGAUCGAGCUGCAGGAGGACGUCCAGCAGAUGCACCACUUCUGCACAGGGAAAAUAAACGUGGAUUUAUCGGUUGUGGAUCUCAUCGAGGCAGACCAGUCCAACACGGAGAAAAGUCUCAUUCAACCAGUAUCUCACCUGUUGAAGGAUAAUCUGCCUGAAGCCGUCACAUUCCAGUAUGACAGGUUUUUUGAAAAGAAGAUUGAAAGCAAGAAGACGGAUCACACGUACAGGGUUUUCAAGACGGUGAACAGACGCGCCUCCUCAUUCCCGAUGGCAGACGACUACUCUGAGUCCUUUCAUGCAAAGAGAGACGUGUCUGUGUGGUGCAGCAACGACUACCUCGGCAUGAGCCGUCACCCCACAGUCACCCAGGCUAUUGUUGAGACUGUUCAGAAGCACGGUGCCGGUGCAGGAGGCACACGAAACAUUUCAGGGAACAGUAAAUUCCACGUGGAGCUUGAACAGGAGCUGGCUGACCUGCACCACAAGGACGCCGCACUGCUGUUCACCUCCUGCUUUGUAGCCAAUGACUCCACGUUGUUUACUCUGGCAAAAAUGCUACCAGGCUGUGAAAUCUACUCUGACGCAGGCAACCAUGCCUCAAUGAUCCAGGGUAUAAGAAACAGCGGGGUCAAGAAGUGUGUGUUCCGUCACAAUGACGUCAGCCACUUGCAGGAGCUGCUCGAGAAGUCGGAUGACUCAACACCGAAGAUUGUUGCCUUUGAGACGGUGCACUCGAUGGACGGUGCCGUGUGUCCACUUGAAGAAAUGUGUGACAUUGCCCAUAAGUACGGAGCUCUGACCUUCGUGGAUGAAGUUCACGCCGUGGGCUUGUAUGGGCCCAGAGGAGGAGGCAUCGGGGACAGAGACAGAGUCAUGCACAAGAUGGACAUCAUCUCCGGGACCCUCGGCAAAGCAUUCGGCUGCGUCGGGGGUUACAUCGCCAGCACCAGCGCCCUGGUGGACGCAGUGCGCUCCUACGCUGCAGGCUUCAUCUUCACCACUUCCCUGCCGCCCAUGCUGCUCGCAGGGGCGAAGGAAUCCAUCAAGAUCCUGAAAAGUGAAGAAGGCCGGUUGCUCAGGAGGAAACACCAGAGGAGCGUCAAGCUGCUCCGACAGAUGCUGAUGGACUCGGGCCUUCCGGUCGUCCACUGUCCGAGCCACAUCAUCCCCGUCCGGGUUGCAGAUGCAGAGAAGAACAAUGAGAUCUGUGACAUCAUGAUGUCUCGCAACAACAUCUACGUCCAGGCAAUCAACUACCCCACCGUGGCUAAAGGAGAGGAGCUGCUGCGCAUCGCCCCCACCCCGCACCACACCCCACAGAUGAUGGACCACUUUGUUGAGCAGCUGGUGAAGACGUGGACCGAGGUGGGAAUGGAGCUGAGGCCGCACCCGUCAGCCGAGUGCACCUUCUGCCAGCAGCCUCUUCACUUCGAGCUGAUGAGCGAGAGGGAGAAGUCCUACUUCACAGGCCUCAGUCACAUGGUAUCAGCUGUGGCCUGAUGUAAACUCUAAAUCCUAAUUCUAUUCAAACUAUUUAUUUUUAUUUAAAUUAAAUACAUCACCACAUAUAUAUAUAUAUAAUGUUCUGUUACCAAUAAAAAUUUGCGGGUAAAGUUUUAA